AUGGAAGCGACCCCCGACGCCUCUGGGUCGGGGGAAGGCCAAUCUUCGUCAGCCGUCGCAGACCAGCCGCAUCCCCCUCCGCCACCGCCCCCGCCGUCUCUGCAGCAGCAGCAACAACAGCAACAGCAACAGCAACAGCCUCAGCCCCAGCCUCAGCCGCUGAGCCGAUACGAGUCGCAGAAGAGGAGGGACUGGAACACAUUCUUGCAGUACCUGCGGAACCACAAGCCGCCGCUGUCCCUGUCCCGGUGCAGCGGGGCCCACGUGAUCGAGUUCCUCAAGUACCUGGACCAGUUCGGCAAGACCAAGGUCCACGUGGUCGGCUGCCCCUUCUUCGGCCACCCCAACCCGCCGGCUUCCUGCGCUUGCCCUCUCAAGCAGGCCUGGGGAAGCCUUGACGCCCUCAUCGGCCGCCUCCGCGCAGCGUACGAGGAGAACGGAGGCAGUCCAGAGUCUAACCCCUUUGGCGCCCGCCCCGUAGGCAUCUACCUCCGGGAAGUCCGGUCUAGCCAGGCCAAGGCAAGGGGCAUUCCCUACGAGAAGAAGAAAAGAAAGCGCCCGCCGCCACCUCCGCCGCCGGCCACAGCAUCUGCUUCCUCUUCACAAGCACCUCGAGGAGUCUCCGGGAGCCCCGACGCUCCUGGAGGUUCUGCUGUCGGCGGUGGGGUCGCUGGUGAGGAAGCGUUGGACGUCCAGCCAGGGGGCUCCGGUUCAUGA